AUGAGCGCAGAAAAUGAAAAUAUUCAAGUUGUUGUGCGGUGCAGAGGUAGAAAUGCUAAAGAAACCAGUAUAAAGAGCGCAGUUGUGGUUCACGUUAAGGACGAUGAAGGACAAGAUGUUGUUUUGAAUCCAUCAAAUGAAACUGGUGUUGCUGCACAAUUGACAUCCAAAACGUAUACAUUUGAUAAAGUCUUUGGUCCAGGAUCUGAUCAACAAGCUAUCUUUAAUAAAGCUGCCAUUCCAUUGUUUAAUGAUUUUUUAAAAGGUUAUAAUUGUACAAUGCUAGUAUAUGGUAUGACUUCUACUGGUAAAACAUACACAAUGUCUGGUAUAGAUGAGUUGACGGAUGGUGCUUUAAACGAAAAAGCAGGUAUUAUACCUAGAGUGCUUUUCAAGUUAUUUGAAGUAUUGAAUGAAUCUAAAGAAAAUGUGGAUAAUGAUUAUGUUGUUAAAUGUUCAUUUGUUGAAAUCUAUAACGAAGAAUUGAAAGAUUUACUCACAGAUGACACAAAUAAAAAACUUCGAAUUUUUGAUCAAAAAUCAUCAUCAUCCACAACAACUGGAACAACAAGCCCCAGCUUUGGCCAACAAACCAAUAAAUCAACCAUUGUGAUACAGAAUCUAGAGGAAGUUUUAAUCAAAGAUGCAAAACAUGGUAUCAAAACAUUACAAAAAGGACUAAAAAUAAGGCAAGUUGCAUCAACAAAGAUGAAUGAUGUGUCAAGUAGGUCUCAUACUAUUUUCACAUUAAGUUUAUACAAAAAAAUAGGGCCAAGUGAAAUCUUCAGAAUAUCCAAGAUGAACUUGGUGGAUCUUGCAGGCUCUGAAAAUAUAAGUAGAUCAGGAGCUGUGAACAUGAGAGCUAAAGAGGCAGGAUCUAUCAAUCAAAGUUUGUUAACGUUAGGAAGAGUUAUUAAUUUACUUGUGGAGAAAAACCAACAACAUAUACCAUAUAGAGAAUCAAAGCUUACAAGAAUACUUCAGGAUUCAUUGGGUGGUAGAACCAAGACAUGCUUAAUUGCAACGGUCUCACCUGCUAAAAUCAACUAUGACGAGACUUUGAGCACUUUGGAAUAUGCAAACAAGGCAAAAAGUAUUGAAAAUAAACCACAAAUAGGCUCAACAUUAGGCAAAGAAAUUUUAGUGAAAGAAUUAAGUACUGAACUUGCAAAAAUGAAAGCUGAUCUUAUUGCAACCAGAAUGAGAGAUGGUAUCUAUAUGAACAAUGAAAAUCAUGAAGAAUUUAUGAAUGAUAUACAAGAAUAUAAAACUGAAGUUAGUGAAACUAAAAGAACAUCAGAGCUUCUAAGGAAGCAAAAUGAUCAGCUUAAAAAGAAGGCAACAGCUUUAGAGUCACAAAAUAACGAAUAUCUGACGCUUAUCAACACAUUGAAUGCUACAGUGGAUAGUCUCCAUAAUAAGAUUGAUAAACAAAAAGAACAAGAGCAGCAAUUUAGUGUUUCAUCUUCCAAGUUUAAAAUGCUCAUAAAAGAGAUCAAUAAUAAUUUAUCAGUGUUCAAAAAGUAUGAAGGUGAAGCCAAAUCAGAAGUUGAAAAAAUAACGAAUGUAAACAUUAACAACAUAAUUGAAAAAAUUGAGAAAACAAUAAGUGCUAAUAUUUCACCACAAGAGGUUUCACCAAUAGUGGCUUCUAUACAAAAAGAUUUUAACCAAAUGAUUGUUGACUUACAAAGAUCCACAUAUGAUGCAUGUAAGAAUGUCGGUGAUACAAUAUUAUCGAAAUUUCCUCAUUUAUUUGACGAUUUUGAAAACAACAUAUCUCAGUUGAAAGCAAUAAUUAAAAAGUAUGAAGAAUAUGUUAAUGACGAAUUUUCAAAACUAUCGAAACAUAAUAAUGACCUAAAAUCACAUCUUAAUGAAUCACUUUUCAUGAAUCAUGACGCUUAUUUGACUUCAGUUAUCGGUGAUGUUAACACUAAGAUUGAAAACGAUUCAAAUGAUUUACUCAAUAAAUUUGUUGACUUGAUUAGAGAGCAAAAUGCAAAACAACAAAAGACGCUAGUUGAUAGUAUACGAUCAGUUAAUAAAGAAGUUAUCACAAUUGAAAAAGCACAAUUACUCCCUGUUCAAAACGAAUGGGAAAAAGCUACACGUGACAUAAUCAAUAGCUGUGAUUACAAUACAAACAAGUUGGUCAGAGAUCAUGAUACAGAAUUACAAAAAGUCUCAAAAUCACUCAAAGAAACAAAUAAACUGACAAGUCUGUCUAAAGAUGCCAUUAAUGAAGAGUUACAAAAUGUUAAUAAUGUCACUACAACUUUCAAAAAUAAUAACUCAAUUGACAACAAUUUAAACCUCAUAAAAAGAAAAUUUUCAGAAAUGCAGGAUCAAAAUUGUAUUUUAAUAAAAGGGCUAAGCUCAAAUAAGGAUGAUGUUUUAGAAAUUGGUGAUCAAUUGAAGGAGAAGAUCAUUAAUAACGAUGACAUUACUGGACUAGAAAUUAAGGAUGUAAGCAAGGUAUUGAGUGAACUGGAUUCCAGUGAAAAAGAGAUAAAGAAAGCAUUUUUACCUACAGGGAAGACACCAAUUAGGCAACAGCUAAAGAUACCAAAAAAGCUGGACGAGAUUUCUGCAGAGUCAUUGAAUAGAUCACCUCCAAAGUUUCAACUGAUUGGUCAAAGAUUUAGUGAACCAAGUAAUGAUUUGAGAAUUGAAAAUAAAGAAAAUGUUCUCUCCAAUAAACGAAAGAUAACACCAACAGGGCAUGAUUUAUCCAAGAGACCAAAACUAAGCACAGGAGGAAAAAUACCACUUAGAAGAAACAAUAGAAAUUAG